GCGCAGGCCCUCCUCAUUUUCGUAAACAUAGUCAGCUGGUCCAGUAUAAUUAAUUUUCAAUUUUCGCUUGUUGCCACUAUUGUUUGACCCCUUUUUAGUGUUGGUAGAAGUAUACAAGGAAUUGGACUUGACCUAAAAAGUUACUUCAAAGGAACAGGAAAACCUAUCCCUGAAGAAAAUUGCCCAAUUGGACAAUUUUCACAAAAAACAUCUCCAUCGUAUCGUGUUGUUGGUGUACCAACAAAAAGGGCGAACAUGGGAGGAUCUGUGAGCCAAAUUUUUCGUUCUGGUUCUGCUUUACUAUCGCACCGUGAUCAUAAAGUUUCCAAGGCUACGGAGGAAAAAAUCACCACACUAUUUGAGAUUUUGCGUGCUAAUCCAAAAAUAUCCAUACAACCCCUUGAGUCGCUAUUGCUGGAAAUACCAAAGAAUGAAAACAUUUUGGUUAUUCACGAUGAUUGUGGCUUCAAUAUACUUCAACGGUCUGUGGGCCUUAACCACAUAGAGCUAACCAAGUGGUUGCUGACCAAGUGGCGUCCGGAUGUAAAUCGUAGUCCCUGCUCUCUGCCCUUACAUAUUGCCUGUUUGAAGGGUCACGAGUCCUGUGUUGAACUGUUGUUGAAAUAUGGAGCCCGCAUCGAAUGCGAUUCUCGUAUGUGUUUCCCCGGAUCGCAUUCCACCAACUGUGAAUUAUUUCAGUGCAAUACCAACCACUACGAAGAUGUUGAAUUCCGUGAACGUAAUUUUGAUAAUUCUAAACUACAGAACGCAAUCUGCUAUGCCAUAGAUGGCGAUCAGAUUAAUGUGCUUAACAUAUUGGUGCAGAAACUAGAUGAUCCAUGGAUACCAUUCCGUUCAAAACGGCCCAUCUUUCAUUUAUUACACAUGGCAUGUGAACGGGGAGCCUGGAACUGUGUACAACAGUUGGUGGUAACACGAUCUGAUGAAAUAAAUCGCAUCAGAGAUGAAUACUAUCCCAUACAUUACGCGGUGUUGCACGAUAUGCGUUUUUUGGAGUUAUUAAUAAACCAUGGUGCCGUGACCACAGUUAGAACCUGCACACAACAAUUUACAUUGUUACACAUGGUGAUAUUUAUUGCUCGAAAAUCUGCAGAAGAUACUUUGUCAAUGUUGAGAAUUCUUUUGGAACGAGGCUGCAAAGAGCUCAUUAAUGAGCCAGAUGUUUUGGGAAACACACCUUUGCAUUCAUUGAUUGUACGUUAUGCCUUAGAAGAAGCGCGAUACGGUUAUGACAAAUGGAGUAAAUGGGAUGUCUUACAUUUGGUGAGAUUCCUUCUACAGCAUGGAGCCAAAAAUUCCAUUAAUCAGUCGGGCAAUAGUGCAUUGGCGUGCGUUUUUCGCCACAUAAGAGAUUUGGAAGUUUGCUUUGAAUUGUUGAGCAUGUUAAUUAAAGAGGAUGGUGAUCCAAAUAUUGUGGGUCGCGAUGGUUCUGUGCCAAUUAUGGUGCUGCUGGUGCCCCUCAUCAACACCGACACGCUGCAGCACUACACCCACUCGAUGAAGGUUUGUUUUGUAAAUUGUAUACGCAUUCUUCUGCAGCAUGGAGCAAAUCCGAACUGUUCCUAUCACCAUACGUUAACGCCAUUGCAAGUGUUGGUUUUCACCGUUAGCGAAAACUUUACAUUGAGCAGUGAUACAUUGAGACAAACCAAUUUCGAUUUCAUCAAAAAUAUACUUUUGCUGCUGCUACAGCACGGUCUAGAUUGCAACCAAACAUAUCAAAAUAUACUGCAGGCAGUGAUGGACAUGGUGCGCAAUGUAAGAGAUGUCACCGAUUUGCAUCGCAUACAUGAGUUGACACUCACAUUGAUACAGUAUGGUGCCGACCCGAAUAUAGUAUUAAGUAGUAUGACCUCUGGCGGUGCUAUCUACUCGAAUGAAAUUGCGCGUUUCGGUGAUGCUUUGGGUUUGACUGGUGCCGCCUCGGCUGAAGGCAAUAAUGGCGGAGCGGCGGCAGCUGUCACCGGAGCCAAUUCGAGCGGCAAUGGCAAUGGUGAUACCUCCUUCCGAAAUUCUUUCCGCACAAAUUCCCGCUAUUUACUUUUCUAUUACAUUGUGUGGAUCACCAAGAAGGAGUUCAUACUCAACGACCCAGAUGUGACGUUUACUCGCAUCAUUCUCCUGUAUUAUGCAUCAAUGCAGCACAAUACUCUGUACAAUUGCCUGAAAUCCUUGCACAAUUUUUAUGUGGCACAAGUUCCCAGUAAAAAGACAGAACAGCUUAUAGCCGUUAUAUCAUCGCUCUAUCGCAAACCUCGCAGUCUAAAACAAUUAUCACGACUUGCCAUCUACGAAGCGCUGAAUAGGAAAUUAGCUCAAAAUGUAAAUAAACUAAAAUUGCCGGUACUGCUUAAGGAUUAUGUCUUGAAUUUUGAUAAUUGAUUCAAGAGCACAAAGAAAUGAAAAAGAAAACAACCCUCCACCCCCUUGCCCAUUCAAGAGAAAUAAUGGACAUUGUGCAUGUGCAUCCCACUGAAAAACAAAGUGCGCAGUACAAAUCUACCAGGAAAGUUUCGACAAACAGCAGAGGAUGUAAGGGUUAAUAAGAUUCGUGGAAUCUCAAAUUAAAAUGCGGCACAGAAUAGCUCAGUAGAUAUUAUCUCAAACAGUCAUGUAGCCUAAUAUAAGAUGGAUUAUUCAAAAAUAGAUCUACCGUAUUUAGAUAGUAUGUACUUCAAUUCAAAUUUAAAGCAACUCAAAAUGCCCAAAAUUUAUUUGCCACAUUUUUUGUCGAUCAAAAAAAAAACAAAACAAAAAAAAUACGUUAACGCUUUUAAGUGGGUGUGGAUAGCAAAGGAGAUAUUUUUUAAGUUUUUUUCCCAUUUCGGAAAAGCAUUUUUUGUAAUGUCUUAUGAUUCAUGUUGCCUAAAAUACUAUAAGCCAACACACUUACAUGCAUGCAUCUGCAACUGAAGCUGAACUCCAUUCAGGGCUAUCGCUGUCACGUGACAUUGCCAAAGUCUCUGUCAAGUGACUACAACUACAACUACAUUGUAUGAAUUUAUCUUCAAUUGUAUGGAAAGCCAUAUAUUUUGCACAAACCCACACACUCACACACACACGCACAUCCAUUUACAUAUUUUACAUAAUUUAGCUCUCAUAGACUAUAAGUUGCACUAAUUUAAAGCCCACAAAAAUAAAUCAAGAACAAACGUAAUAUUUAAUAUACUAUUGUACUGCUACGACGACUACAACUAUUUUACUUCUACGACUACAUAACUAUACAUAUAGAUAUACUUAAAAAAAAAAUACAUACACUCUAUUUGCCAAAACUAUGCAAGAAACAAUUUAAUCAUCAUAUUAUUGUUACAUUGUUCCUGUUAAACGCAAACUCAUUAAUUGUUUUUAUUUUUAUUUUCAAUUUAUUUUUCUUUUCAUUGAUGCUAUGAAUUAUGAAAUAAAUUAUGUGACAUGUUUCGUGUAUUUU